AUGCGUUCACCGCCUACCGAAACAAGUAUUUUGAAAACAGAAAGAUUUAUUGCUUUACAGAUCGCAAUCGCCAAUAAUCUUCAUACCUGCAUUGAAUCCACAGAUAAGUACAUGCAGCAGGUCCGUCUGUCUAUGGAAAACGACGAGCAGCAAGAUGGUGUGGUUGCCGGGAGACGUGCUGUUGGCCGUCAGCAGAUCAUCGACAACAUUGAUAGAUUGAACGCGCGAUGGAGCAGUGCUGUAGGAGUUGCGUAAGU